AUGGAGGAGGAGAAAUUUAAGGACGAUGAUAUAAAAAUUAAUAUUGAGCCUAAUGACUCUACGAAUCCGGGGGGGUCAGAGGAAGGGGCAAGUGAGGGUGCUCGGCUUGGGUUCUCCGAAAGGCGAAGAAAGGAAAAGGUGGGGGGGAAUAUCCGGAGGUCAAAUGGUCGGAGGCCCGGGCUUGGGAAUUAUAUGGUGAUUGGCCCUAUAUCCCUUCUAUUUGGUGGAAUGAGGUUCUGACGAUGAUUAGAGGAUCAUGAAGUAUGGGACUGGGUUUGACAGAGGGCUACAGAUUGUUGGCUGCUUGGCUUCUGUUAUUAGUGGGGCUGUCUUGUAAGCUUCCGGCCCAUGACUGGAGCGGAAACGGGCUGACAUAAAGUGAUGGGAUAGCCCGAUUAUGACUGUCUUCUUUGGGCAAAUUGUGGAUAACUUCGCAGAGUACUUUCAGGAGGGCUCGGGCGUCACGGUGGAGGAUUUUAAGAGAAGGAUUAAUUCGCUUUCGUGAGUUUUUUUUCAACCCCCUUUCAGAGAGCAAGUCCUUUUCUGAUCGAACGCGCUAGUCUGAUCUUUGUCUAUCUGUUUUUGGGCAAAUUUGCGACGGGUUAUAUCUCUAUGGCAGGUGGAAUCGGAGGGAGUGGUUGUUGGGAUUCAGCUAACACUAGUCGUAUGUCAAGGUUUGUUUUAGAUAUACUGCAGCACGCAUCUCAACUUUGAUCCGACAAGCCUAUCUCAGAUCAGUCUUCAGUCAAGAUCUCACUUUCUUCGAUAAGCUCGAGGAUCAGCCUAUUCCACAACCCCAACUGGACCUUCUGAAGGAACAAGACCUUCUCCCACCUACCAACAAUAAUGGGAGCCCGGGCACUAUCGCCAUAUGCAUCACUACCAUAACAUCACUAAUUCAGGGAGGCAUUGGUGAAAAGGUAGGAGGGAUUUUGCAAGCACUGGCUCAAAUGAUCUGUGGUUUUGCCAUUGCUUUUUCAAGGCAGUGGAGGCUAGCUGGUGUUUGCUCCACGGUGUUACCGGCAGUUGCUCUGACACAUAUACUGUGUUUGCCAGCCUUGGUCAAGUUUGAACAGAGGAUUGUUACCCAAGACGCCCGGGCGGCAGACGUGGCCGAGGAGGUAUUGGCGAGCAUCCGCACAACACAGAGUCUUAAUGCGCAUCAUAGAGCGGAGGAACGAUACAAGAAAAUCGUGGAUAUUGCCAAAGGCUUUGGGGUGAAAAAAGCCUUUGUCGACGCUUGUUCGACAGGAUUGAUUUACUUUCUUAUAUUUGCCUCGUACUCCCUGUGCUUUUUUUAUGGUGUACGCCUAUUCAAGGAUGGUAGUAUUCAGAACCCUGGGGUUAUUGUUACGUGGGUUUACAAUAUCCUUUAGCGAGCCUGUGUGAAAGGUGCUGAUAAUAUUUGCAUAGAGUUUAUUUCGCGAUAUCUUUUGGGGUGGCAGGAAUUCUCGGAAUGGCUAUGCCCAUCGCGGCGAUCUUCCGAGCGAGCGCAUCCUCGGUACUCAUCUUCAAAACGAUUGACCGGAAGCCGGUUAUUGACGCACUUUCUACCGACGGGCGUAAUCCGAAUGCUCUUCCACCUGGAGACCUGGCAUUGCACAAUGUGAAGUUUUCCUAUCCAGAGACGGGGAAGAGAAAAAGCGUUCAUGUUUUGGGCGGAACUCAGCACACAGCAGUAGGGGAGCCUGGAGAGGGUAUAUCUCUGAGGUUCCCCGCCGGAAAGACCACCGCUCUUGUUGGAAAGUCGGGUUGUGGUAAGUCUAGCAUUGUAGCACUCUUGGAAAGGUGGUACGAUCCCCAAGAAGGGAGCAUUACUAUCAGCGAUGUUGAUAUCAGGGAUUUAAAUUUGAGAAGGUGGAGAAGUCAGAUUGGACUUGUUAUCCAGGAGCCGUACCUGUUCAAUGGGUCAAUUUAUUUCAAUGUCGCCAAAGGGCUUGUGGGAACACAAUGGGAAAAUGAGGGUGAGGAGGUCAAGCGGGGAAUGGUUAUUGAAGCUUGCAAACAAGCAAAUGCCGCUGGGUUUAUCGAUAGAUUCCCUAAGGUUUAGUCAUUCCCGGGGUUGAUAUUCAGGUGGGGCUGAUACUAAUACUUCCAAUGGGUAGAGAUAUGACACCGAAGUGGGAAUUCAUGGUGUUAAGCUUUCUGGGGGUGGGUAAUACCUAUACCCCUCUCUUUGAAAUAAUACCACUAACAUUAGAGUGGGACAAAAGGUCAAAAACAACGAAUUGCUAUAGCACGCAGCAUAGUUUCAGAUCCUAAGAUACUGAUUUUGGAUGAAGCUACUAGCGCUGUUGAUCCGGAGAAUGAGAGGAUUGUCCAAAAUGCUCUCGACAAAGUUUCGAGAGGGCGCACGACAAUACUUAUUGCACAUAGAUUAUCCACAAUCAAGAAUGCCGACAAUAUAGUCGUAUUAGACUCAGGAAAUGUCGUGGAAUCCGGAACACAUCAAGAACUUCUGACUCGCCCGGAAGGGACUUACAGGCGGUUGAUUGAGGCUCAAUCAUUGCUGUUAGGCGAAGAACCAGAACCUAGUUCUCAGUUGGAAGCUCCUGAUCUAAUCUACGAAAGCUUUGAGGAAGCGGUAGUGUCGGGUCCUGCUGGUGCUAGCACGGGAGAAAAAGUCAAAAGACUGGGGGGAUGCAAGGCAAUUUCAAAGGUCUUAUGGGAGCAACGGAGACACUGGAUUCUGUUCGUGCUGGGGGUAAUUGGCGCUAUUGGAGCCGGUAAGAAUGUGCUUUUCAUGGCGCUGAGGGGCAUGUAUUGACUAGGUUCCAGGUGCUUGCAUUCCAAUAGGGUCGAUAUUUUUUGCUCUUGUUAUGGCCACAUUCACCUUCGUCGGGGAUUUGGAUGCAUUCGUUCGGCAAGGAUAUCACUGGAGUGCUGCGUAUCUGGUCCUGGGUGUUGGAGCUGGGAUAUGUCGGUGGUUGAUGGCAUGGAUGUUUCAAAUAAUCUCCUACGUAUUGUCCUCCCCCCUUAACUUCCUAUAGUGAAUUAACCUGUAAAUUAGAACGCUGGAAACCGCUAUCGUAGGGAAUACUUCCAUAAUAUUGUUCGCCAACGGAUUUCCUACUUUGAUAAGGAUGGGAACACUGCGGGUGCACUUACUUCUCAUACAAGUCAUGACCCCUCAGCCAUCCAGGACCUUUUGGGAGUGACGGUUGGAUUUGGAAUCAUGUCUGUGGUCACCAUAGCUGGCAGCUCCGCGUUGUCUCUGGCCCUUGGUUGGAAGAUGGCCAUAGUUUGCAUUUGCAGCGUAGUGCCCUUGCUUAUUGCUGCUGGAUACGUAAGGAUAAAAAUUGAGAUGGGCUUUGUUAAGGAUACAAUGAACGUUUUCGGAGACAGUGCAGCUUUUGCAACUGAGGCAGUAGGGGCAUAUAGGACUGUGUCAUCGCUGGUCAUGGAGGAGGAUAUUAGACGCCGGUAUGCAGAUAUGUUGGACGGCCAUGUUAAAAGGAUUCUGAAGAGAACUUUGUACUCUUCCGUACUCUAUUCUGCCUCGGAGUCACUUACCAUAUUAGCCACAGCUUUGUGCUUUUGGUACGGCGGUAAACUGAUGGCGAAGGGAGAAUACGGGAUGUUUCAAUUCUUCAUCGUUUAUAUGACCGUUGUUCAGGGGAGUGAGGCUGCAGGAAGCUUCUUUGGGCUGACUCCUAGUAAGUUAUAAGUCGAGUGAGUGGGUUUCAGUUGACUGCUAACUUGGCGGCAGAUGUUGCUACCGCUAUAAGGUCUAUCAGACGCAUGCUCAAACUGCGGGAGAAUCACCCAAAUCCCGGGGUUGAAAUGGACGGAGAUUCAGGAGGGGGUUACGAGAUUGAAUUCCAGGAUGUCUCAUUUGGAUACCCCGAGCGUGGAGGCCUGCUGUUUGAAGGCUUGAACUUAAAGAUUGAGAAGGGGCAAUUUGCCGCUAUCGUUGGCGCAUCGGGGUGUGGCAAAUCAACGCUUAUCAGUAUCUUAGAGAGGUUGAUAUUCUCUGUUGUUGUUGGUGGGGAGCGGGCUAACUGAGAUGUGAAGAUUCUACGAUAUCGACGCCGGCAGAGUCCUUAUAGACGGGAAAGAUAUCGCGGAUUUCGAUAUAGAAAGCUAUCGUAACUGCGUCUCACUGGUUGCUCAAGAGCCAAUUCUAUAUCAAGGUUAGUCGGUAGUAGGCUCCCGAUGUGAAUCCUCGAAAUUAACAGCUACAGGAACCAUAUCGUACAACGUUAAACUAGGAACCUCCGAGGACAAACCCGAAUCCGCCGUAAUCGAAGCAUGCAAAGAGGCCUACAUCCACGAUUUCAUCGCUUCCCUCCCCGAAGGUUUCCUUCCCCAAUUUCCCCGCAUAAACAGCAUAAAAGCUCACAGCCACAAUAGGGUAUAACACAAUAUGCGGCUCGAAAGGUAUAGGUCUUUCCGGCGGUCAAAAGCAACGUGUAGCAAUUGCUCGAGCCCUUAUACGUGAUCCAAAACUCCUGCUCUUGGACGAGGCAACGGCAAGUCUCGAUGCGGAGUCCGAAAAGAUGGUGCAAAAGGCCUUUGAAAAUGCUGCUGAAGGCAGGACCAUGGUAGUCGUGGCGCACGUUCGUCUCCCCACGCCCCUCACUCCUAUUUCCCCUACCUACCUACAUGAUGUCUUGCUGCGUGGAGGCUAAUAUAACCUCUGGCAUAUCCGAACUCUUGUGUAGCGAUUAUCGACGAUCCAAAAAGCAGAUGUGAUUUUCGUCCUUAGCGACGGCAAGAUUGUGGAGCAGGGGGAUCAUGCGAGUUUAGUGAAGAAGCGGGGUGUGUAUUGGCAGAUGGUAGGCAUUCCUGCUUCCUAGAGGAUUAAUUUGGUUUCGCGCAAGAGUACCCAGAUGCUGACCUGGUGUGGGGUAAUCCGGUAGUGUCUAUCGCAACUUUUGGACAAUUGAGUUGGAGUAGCAUUAACUAUAUAGUACUAGGGUGGGGGGCGGGGGGGAGAGCCUGCCGGAAGAGCUGAAAGAUUUUAUAUGAUGUGAAUAAUGUUCCUUUUCCUUGCCUUUGUUUCUCCCCUGCCGGCGGCGGACACCGGCAUUUUCCUAAUAUUUCUCACGGGCGAUUCAGUUUUAGCCAGACUAUUUUAUCAAGAGGAGGAGAGUAGAGGUUUAUUUAUUCAUCAUGUAUGGGAAUCCACAAGCAAUUAUGACAAAAUUGAAUUUGAACCACCG